UCACCUGUUACACCUGUAUUACCGCGCUGUAAAGGUGCGACUCCAGCUCUUGCCGGUGCACCUGUUGCGUUGUUGUGCCAUGACCGAGGAGCUCAUAACGUGCGAGCUAACAUGCCCGACAUCACCCGUCGACAAAAAGGCGAAUUUUGACGGCGUAAAAAUCGAGGGUAUGGAUUUUGAGCAGCCUAUUUUCUCCGUUUUGAGCGACGGGAUGAAGGAGCAGCAGCAGGCGGGGGGGAAGAGCUCAUGUGACGGCGACGUCGAGGCGAACUCCCUCGGAACGACCACCCAAACGGACACCGAGUCCGGGAUCUUCUCCGUUGAAUGUGAGCAGUGUGUGGAGCACGAGUCCGAGAUGGACUGGUUCUGUGGCACCGAACAAAAACUUAUUUGCUCCCAUUGCGCCACUGUGGGCCCCUGCCACGGACACACGGUGACCCCUUUGGUUACCAGAGUAACAGCAGUCAGGAACCAACUGGUUGACGUGUGUGAGAAAAUACAGCUGAAGGCUCAGAGGAUCGAGAAGUUUAUCGACCAGACACUGACAGCUAAAGAGCAAAAGCUUCAGGCAGCAGCAAGGAGAACGAGAGAGCAGGUCCUGGCUCAGGUGAGUGCAGCACGUGAAGCGUUGGAGGAGGAGGAGCAGCGUCUGCUGGAGGAGGUGCAGAGAGAGGAGGAGCGUGUGGAGCAGUGUCUCCUCACACAGAGAGCUCACUGGAGCCAGGCUCUGUCCAGUCUGACGCAGACACGCUCAGGCCUGGUGCACACGCUGACACACACUCCCGACGCACAACUGGUGACGAGUGUACAGGAGAUAGCUGAAAGGGUGGAGGAGACAGACGGUGUUGGAGAGCCUUGUGACACAGACCAGCUCAACCUGAACUCAUCCUGCAGCAACAGCAAGCUGCUCAGAGGGCUGUGGGCCGCUGCAGUGCUGCUGGGCCCGAAUGCUUAUGGAUCAGCUUAUUUAAAGUUUGACGAGCGCACCGUGAGCCACCUCCUGUCGCCGUCUGAAGACUUCUGCACUUUGACCUUCGUCCACAAAAAAUCUCGCCGGUCGCCCGCUUAUGACCCUGCACGAUUUGACUGUUGGCCCAACGCCCUGGGCUCUCUGGCCAUGUCCUCCGGCACCCACAGCUGGGUGGUGGAUGUCGGCCAGAGUGGCGCCUUCAAAGUCGGGGUCUGCUAUUCCUCUCUGGAGCGCAAAGGCUCCGGGAACGAGGCGCGACUGGGUCACAACAGUAAGUCGUGGGUGCUGUCUCACUAUGAUGGGCACUACUCCUUCUGCCACGCGGGGAAGAAGGUGCCCCUGCAGGUGGUGAGUAGGCCCCAGAGGAUCGGCCUGCUGCUGGACUGGCCGAGUCAGACUCUGUUGUUUUAUGAGCCAGACUCCUUCGCUGUUCUGUACACUGUAACGCAUCCUUUUGAUGGCCCACUGCUGCCGGCCUGCGCUGUGACUGACCGCAGUAUCACCAUCCUGCACUGACAGAGCGCUCACAACACCUAAAACUUUAUGUCCUUAAACAUGUGAAGAAAUGCAACAGGAAGACGACUUUCUAUGAAGCUGACGAUCCUCAAUCUGUGCAAUCAUGAAAGCAGAAAAAAAUCAUCCUUUUUCUAUUCUUUGCCUUUUUAUUUGGAUAGGACAGCCGAACAGAGAGAGAGGAAGUAGAGGGCGGUCGAUGAGCAUUAAAGAGUGUCUGAUUUGAGUGUCAGUGAGGACCUAGUGUCUGUAUGCUCUACAACACGAACUCAACCGAAGCCCCUGGAGUGAAUUCAUAAAUAUUCUUGAUGUAUUUUUAAGUAGCAGGUGAUAAUUAAAUGAGUAUUUUAAUUAUUUAGACAUCUUAUGUGUUCAUAUGAUACUGUAGUGCUAAAACAGUAUUUUUUGACUGACAAUGAUUGUGUUUUUUUAUAUUAUUUCAUACAAAAUGAUCAGUCAAUGUGAGUUUGAAACUCUCCAAAGACUCUUAAAAUAAAUAUUUAUUUCACUAGUUUAGCCAGGAUUACACUAGGAUACCUAGAGAAUAUUUAGAUUUGAUUCUUUGGAUGUAAUAUGGUAACUACAUUUAUUAAAAAAAAGAUGUUUCUCACUGUAGACAUUUCAGUGAAAACAUAAAAAACACUUUUGUACAUUUGAUUGUGUGAUUUCUUUGUUCUUCAGUGUCAUGAGUUUGUCGUUUUUCAAGCCACAUAAAGUUUCAUUUCUCGUUUGAA